GAUUGAAGGAGGGAGUGUUUUGCGAUGAAUCUACUCUGAAUCGGAUAUCGCAGGGAUCAAUUCGUCUCCUCGUGUACUCUGCGCUUGUAGCACCGGGGCGACUCGCUGUACGAGCCCUCCCGAUCUCGCUCAAUGUCUUGAUGUGGACCUACGUGCAACGCAAGCACAAACUCUCCAGGACAUGAUCGCUGAUACGAUCGACGCAACCCGCAACGUCGUCUCCUGAGUACAUCAGCGUCGCGUUGACCGUUGUCCUUCCGAUUCAGUCCCAGUCGCUGGUUGUCUUCGGCGAAGAGACCGAAUUCGCGACGUCACACGGACUCUCACCUGCGCAUCCGGCGGUGUCUUCAUCGUUCCGUCCCGUUCGACAUCGGCUGCUCCUAACCCGAAAUCCCGGGACUGGUCCCCGGCGCAUUGGUCUCGCUCUAGGCCUAGGGACCGCUCCCCGGGCCUCCCGCUGCCCGCGAUGCACUUCGCACUACCCCCGCGAAAAACAUCACAUCCUCCGCCGUAUGUGCCGCGCUCGACGCGACUGCCGGGCCUACGAAAAACCCGCCUCAAGCUCAUCGCGCUCGCGGGUCUCGCCUUCCUCGCUCUCGUAUACCUCAUCACUCGACCAAGUAGCGGCGGGCAUGCUGCGCGCGCACAGCGAGCUCCCAGGGGCAACCCGCCUGUCGUUCUGGUCACGGUGCUAGACCAUAGCAAAUACACCAAGGCGUAUCUGGAUGCGGUCAAGGAGAACAGGAGGCAAUAUGCCGAGAAGCACGGGUACCAAACGCUCAUCGCGCAAGUAGGCGACUACGAUCUCAAAGGCGCGCCUUUCUCCUGGACAGCUGUCCCCGCUGUGCGCCAUGCACUGUCGAAGUACCCCGACUGCCACUACGUGUGGUACCUUGAUGCCAACAGCUUCAUCAUGAACCCCAAGCUGAAGGUUGAGGAGCACAUCAUGCAGUCCUCGAGGCUGGAUGAGCUCAUGAAGAAGGACUUCCCCGUCGUCCCGCCGGAUAGCAUCAUUAAGACUUUCAGCCAUCUUAAGGGGCAGGACGUGGACUUCGUUGUCACGCAGGACAAGGAGGGGCUGUCGCCGGGCAGCCUCAUCGUCCGGAACGGCGACUGGGCCAAGUUCUUUCUGGAGACAUGGUUCGACCCGCUGUAUCGGAGCUACAACUUCCAAAAAGCGGAGAAGCAUGCCCUGGAACAUAUCGUGCAAUGGCACCCGACCAUCCUCGCCCGGAUGGCCAUUGUCGACCAGCGGCUCAUGAACGCGUAUAACAAGGGCGCCAAAGAAGCCUUGUACCAGAACGGAGACCUGGCGGUCAGGUUCCCUGAUUGCGAGACGUCGGGGGGAAAGGCAUGCGAGACCGAGACCGAGUCGUUUGUGCAGGCAUGGCGAAGGCUCUUUGAGAUCUCAUAAUGAGUAAGGAACACAUUGACACGACCGACGCGGGUACUCUCCCAUCAGGGGCCCGCAUGCUAGACUAUUGCGCUCGAACCUAGGUUCGGACUUGAGCUUAUUUUGAACGUCGGGGUUGGUGUCCUCAAAAAUAAGAGGGCGUCAAGGUUUUGCGCUUUUGGCAUGUAUGGGAUGGUGACCAAGCGGAAGUGGUGUCCUCACCUCCACGGGGCAUUGAUAAAAAUAAAGAUGUGUAAGAAGGUACAUGAGUUGCUGCUUGCUAAUGAGGGCUUGGGUCAAUGGGUGACUUGUCUGAUAAUGCGAGCUUGACCCACGACUGUUGGGGUCCAGGUGUGCGUUAAGUACCAGACAAUCAUAUCUAUCAACAUGUCUAGACACCUUUCAGGACUUGGCCGU